AUGGCACAAGGAUUGCCAGUUUUUCCAGCAUUUGGUGUAAGUGAACCUGGUGUUGACACAAGAUGGAGGAAAUGGACAGGUCGAUUCGAAAACUUAAUGAUUGGCAUGGACAUUAAAGAUAAAAAACGUCAGAGAGCCUUAUUUCUACACUAUGCAGGGGAAGAGGUAAAUGACUUCUUCGACGUACUGCAGAAUACAGGGGAUGACUACGAAUCAGCAAAGAUAAAGCUAACAGAACACUUAAGUAUAAACUGUGAAUUUUCGGAAACAGACAAAGAAAUUAAGUCACAAAUCAUUCAAGGCUGCACCUCAACUCGACUGCGUCGCAAAGCACUAAGCGAUGACCUGACAUUAGACAGUCUCAUCAAAGAAGCAAGGACACUAGAACUAUCAGAUCAACAAGCAUCUGAAAUUGAAGGUCAAGCAAAAUAUGACGUCGUUAAUGCUAUGAAAUCACGACAAAGACAAAAUCAAAAGGCGCAAAAAGAAAGACGCAGACACAUCAUUAAGGAAUCAAUUUGCAGAUACUGUGGCUAUGAAUAUCCACACAAAUCAGGAAAAUGCCCAGCCAGUGGAAAAACAUGUACAUAUUGCUCAAAGAAAAAUCAUUUUGAAGCAGUGUGCUUGUCAAAGAAACGGGACAAUAACUUCACAUGCCAGCUUAAUGACAGCUCACAAAGUGAAAGUGAUAAGGACAAAGAAAGUGAAGAUGAAAACGAAAUAUAUGGACUAUCUGUCAAUUCUAUGCAAUUACAAAGACCAAGGCUGAAAGUGCAUAUCAACGGCUGUAAAAUUAAAGCAUUAAUUGAUACAGGAUCAUCAAUAAAUGUAAUUGACGAAAACACGUACUCAAAGCUUCAAAAUAAAGUUCAUCUUAAGAGAGCACACACCAAAGUCUAUGCAUAUGGUGCUAGUAAAGUUACCUUAUUAGGCAAGUUCCAAGCACAAAUUGAAUCUAAAAACAAAAUAACAACAGCUCCAGUAUAUGUGACAAAGGGCGCCAGCGGUAAUCUUCUCUCUUAUCAGACAUCUGUUGACCUCAAUAUCAUUCCAGAAAUAAACACAGUCACAGACAGCAAGGUCGAUGAACUCUGCAAAAAGUACCAAACCGUGUUCACAGGCAUGGGGAAAAUGAAAGCAACAAAAGUCAAACUAUAUGUGGAUAAAAAUGUUCAACCUGUUACGCAACCACAUAGACGAAUACCUUUCCACUUAAGAAAACAAGUUGAAAAUGAGCUCCAGAGGCUUGAGGACCUAGAUAUCAUUGAAAAAGUUGAGGGUCCCACAGACUGGGUAUCACCCAUUGUAGUAGCUCCAAAGCCAAAAACCAACCAAAUAAGGAUAUGUGUCGACAUGAGGCUACCGAAUCAAGCCAUAAAGCGCACAAGACAUAUUAUUCCAACAAUUGAUGACAUGAUUGUGGACUUAAGUGGUGCCAAAGUUUUCUCUAAACUCGAUUUAAAUCAUGGAUAUCACCAAUUAGAACUGUCAGAGGAAUCACGCAACAUUACAACAUUUACAACACAUGUUGGAUUAAGACGAUAUAAACGCCUCAGUUUCGGAAUCAAUAGUGCAGCAGAAAUAUUCCAAAAUGCUUUAAGUACGGCUCUAGAAGGUCUGAACGGCGUGAGAAACAUUUCCGAUGAUGUCAUUAUAUGGGCUGGCGACCAAGCAGAACAUGACAGAAGACUUGAGACAGUGUUAAAGCGACUUGAGCAGAAAAACUUAACUUUGAAUAAAAGCAAAUGUGAGUUUAAUAAGCAAAAACUUGAAUUCUUUGGGUACAUUUUCAGUAAAGAUGGAAUGUCAGCAGACCCUAAGAAAAUUGACACAAUUAAAAAGACACAGCCUCCAAAAACAGUUUCAGAAGUCAGAAGUUUUCCUAGCAAUGACAAAUUACGUGUCAAGCUUUAUCCCAAAUUACAGCACUAUAGCAGAGCCAAUACGUCGUCUGAUAAAGAAAAACGCAAAAUGGGCAUGGCAAAAUGAACAAGACGAAGCAUUCAACAAACUGAAAUCUAUUUUGAGUAGUGAUACAGUCAUGACAUACUUUGAUCCUAAUAAGGAAACACAAAUAAUCACAGAUGCAUCUCCAGUCGGAGUAGCUUCAAUUAUGCUCCAAGAAGGUAAAGUUGUGUGUUAUGCAAGCAGAUCACUGACAGAUGUUGAACGAAGCUCUUACAGUCAACAAGAGAAAGAAAACUUAGCAUUAGUUUGGUCAUUAGAACAUUGGCACAUAUACUUAUUUGGACAUAAAUUCACAGUCAUAACUGAUGCAAAAUUUCUUGAGAAUAUCUACAAUAAUCCUAAAUCAAAACUUGGAUCUGCAAGACUGGAACGUUGGCGAAUGCGUCUGUUAUCAUAUGACUUCAGGAUCGUGCAC